AUGGCGGCGGCCGCGCGCGCUCGGGGCUGGGCACCGCGGCCCGUCCCGCCGCCACCGCCACCGCCGCUGCUGCUACUGCUGCUGCUGCUGCUACCCGACUGGCGUGCGACAGCUCGGGACCCCGGGGCCCGGGUCGGGCUCAGCCUGCACCCUCCCUACUUCAACCUGGCCCAGGCGGCGAAGAUUUGGGCCACCGCCACCUGCGGGGAGCGCGGGCCCGGCGGCGGGCGGCCCCGGCCUGAACUCUACUGCAAGUUAGUGGGGGGCCCCAUGGCCCCGGGCAGCGGCCACACCAUCCAGGGCCAGUUCUGUGACUAUUGCAACUCUGAGGACCCCAGGAAGGCACAUCCAGCCACCAACGCAAUCGAUGGAUCUGAACGAUGGUGGCAAAGCCCUCCUCUCUCCGCAGGCACCCAGUACAACAAAGUCAACCUCACCUUGGAUCUGGGGCAGCUCUUCCAUGUGGCCUAUGUUUUAAUCAAAUUUGCAAAUUCUCCUCGCCCUGAUCUUUGGGUCUUGGAAAGAUCUGUAGACUUUGGAAGCACCUACUCACCAUGGCAAUAUUUUGCUCAUUCUAAAGUAGACUGUCUGGAACAAUUUGGGAAGGAAGCAAAUAUGGCUAUCACCGCGGAUGAUGAUGUACUUUGUGUUACUGAAUAUUCUCGUAUUGUACCUUUGGAAAAUGGUGAGGUUGUGGUGUCAUUGAUAAAUGGUCGUCCAGGUGCCAAAAAUUUUACUUUCUCUCACACCCUGAGGGACUUUACCAUGGCAACAAACAUCCGCUUGCGUUUUCUCCGAACCAACACCCUUCUUGGACAUCUCAUCUCCAAAGCACAGAGAGAUCCAACUGUUACUCGGCGGUAUUAUUAUAGCAUAAAGGAUGUCAGCAUCGGUGGGCGGUGUGUUUGCAAUGGCCAUGCUGAAGUAUGCAAUGCGAACAAUCCUGAAAACCUGUUUCGGUGCGAAUGCCAGCACCACACCUGCGGGGAGACGUGCGACCGCUGCUGUGCAGGGUACAAUCAGAGGCGCUGGCAGCCCGCGCAGGAACAGAGCCAUGCGUGCGAAGCAUGCAACUGCCAUGGCCAUGCCACUGACUGUUACUAUGAUCCGGAUGUUGAGCAGCAGCAGGCAAGCUUGAAUAUCCAAGGCAUCUAUGCAGGUGGUGGGGUCUGCAUUAACUGUCAGCAUAACACAGCUGGUGUAAACUGUGAAAAGUGUGCUAAGGGUUAUUACCGACCUUAUGGGCUUCCAGUGGACGCCCCCCAUGGCUGCAUCCCUUGCAGCUGUGACCCUGAGCACGCAGAGGGCUGUGAGCAGGGCUCGGGCCGCUGUCACUGCAAGCCGAAUUUCCACGGAGACAGCUGUGAGAAGUGUGCGGUUGGAUACUAUAAUUUCCCGUUUUGCUUGAGAAUUCCCAUUUUUCCUGUUUCUACUCCAAAUCCAGAAGAUGCAGUAGCUGGAGAUAUGAAAGGGUGUGACUGUAACCUGGAAGGCGUUCUCCCUGAGAUAUGUGAUGCCCACGGAAGGUGCCUGUGCCGCCCUGGGGUCGAGGGCCCUCGGUGCGAUUCCUGCCGCUCGGGUUUCUACUCAUUCCCCAUUUGCCAAGCCUGCUGGUGUUCAGCCCUGGGGUCCUACCAGACACCCUGCAGCCCCGUGACUGGACAGUGUGAAUGCCGGCCAGGGAUUACAGGACAGCGGUGUGACAGGUGCCUCUCGGGAGCUUAUGAUUUCCCCCACUGCCAAGGUUCCAGCAGUGCUUGUGACCCGGCUGGAACCAUCGACUCCAGUUUGGGGUAUUGCCAAUGCAAGCUUCAUGUUGAAAGUCCUACUUGUAGCAUCUGCAAACCAUUAUAUUGGAAUCUAGCCAAAGAAAACCCCAAUGGAUGUUCAGAAUGCCAGUGCGAUAAGGCGGGAACAGUGAGUGGAGCUGGAGAAUGUGGGCAGGGAGAUGGUGACUGUCACUGCAAGUCCCAUGUGGGCGGUGAUUCCUGUGACACCUGUGACGAUGGAUAUUUUGCUUUGGAAAAGAGCAAUUACUUUGGGUGUCAAGGGUGUCAGUGUGACAUUGGCGGGGCGCUCUCCUCUGUGUGCAGCGGGCCCUCCGGAGCAUGCCAGUGCCGAGGGCACGUCGUGGGAAAGGCGUGCCAGUGGCCUGAAAACAACUACUAUUUCCCAGAUUUGCAUCAUAUGAAGUAUGAGAUUGAAGAUGGCACUACCCCUGAUGGAAGGGACCUUCGGUUUGGAUUUGAUCCCCUGGAGUUUCCUGAGUUUAGCUGGAGAGGAUAUGCCCAGAUGACCUCAGUACAGAAUGAUGUAAGAAUAAUACUGAAUGUGGGGAAGUCAAAUCUCUCCUUGUUUCGAGUUAUUCUGAGAUAUGUUAACCCCAGAACCGAAGCAGUAUCUGGCCGUAUUACUAUUUAUCCAUCCCAGGCGAAGGCAGGUGCUGCUCAAAGCAAAGAGAUCAUCUUCCUACCAAGCAAGGAGCCAGCCUUUGUCACCAUCCCUGGAAAUGGUUUUGCAGACACAUUUUCGAUCACACCGGGGACAUGGAUUGCUUGUAUUAAGGCAGAGGGAGUCCUCCUGGAUUACUUGGUGCUGCUCCCCAGGGAUUACUAUGAAGCAUCUGCCCUCCAGCUGCCAGUCACAGAGCCAUGUGCCUCUGCAGGAUCUCCCCAGGAAAAUUGCUUGCUUUACCAGCAUUUGCCAGUGACCAGAUUCCGCUGCACCCUGGCUUGUGAGGGCAGACACUUCCUGCUUGAGGGACAGCCAAGACCCUUGGCAGUGCAACAGCCCACACCCGCACACCCCGUCAUGGUGGACCUCAGCGGGAGAGAGGUGGAAUUGCAUCUGCGGCUACGUGUGCCACAGGUUGGCCACUACGUGGUCAUGCUCGAGUAUUCCACGAAGGCAGCCCAGAUGUUUGUGGUUGAUGUGAGAGUGAAGAGCCCCGGGUCUGUUCUAGCAGGCCGGGCGAACAUAUACAGCUGCAAGUACAGCUUCCUCUGCCGCAGCGCCGUGAUUGACCGCACGAGCCGCAUCGCCGUGUACGAGCUGUUAGCGGAUGCAGACGUCCAGCUCAAGGCGCACACGGCCCAGUUCCUUCUGCAUCAAAUUUGUAUCAUACCCAUUGAAGAAUUCUCAACUGAAUACGUGAGACCUCAAGUGCACUGCAUUGCCAGUUAUGGGCGAUUUGCUAAUCGAAGUGCCACCUGUGUCUCCCAGGCCCACGAAACUCCUCCCAUGGCAUUAAUUUUGGAUGUCCCGAGGGGUGGUCCUGUCCCUCGUCUGCCCCAGGAUCCUUCACCUUCUGCUGGUGUUGUGACUGGAGUCACCUUGAAGGCACCCCAGAAUGAAGUGACCCUGAGAGGACUGGUACCACACCUGGGCCGAUACAUCUUCGUCAUCCACUUUCAUCAAGCGGCACAUCCGACGUUUCCCGCACAGGUGUCGGUGGAUGGAGGGCGGCCGCGGUCAGGUUCCUUCCAGGCCUCUUUCUGCCCCCAUGUACUUGGCUGCCGGGAUCAAGUGGUCUCCGAAGGCCAGGUGGAGUUUGACAUCUCAGAGCCUGAGGUGGCCGUGACUGUGAAGGUUCCGGAAGGAAAGUCCUUAGUUCUGGUCCGAGUUCUAGUGGUGCCUGCAGAGACUCAUGACUACCAAAUACAUCACAAAAAAUCAGUGGACAAGUCAUUGGAGUUUAUCACCAAUUGUGGAGGAAACAGUUUUUAUAUUGACCCCCAGACGGCCUCCGAAUUCUGUAAGAAUUCUGCCAGGUCCCUGGUGGCCUUUUACCACAAGGGUGCGCUUCCUUGUGAGUGCCACCCUGCUGGGGCCAUCAGCCAUCCCUGCAGCCCUGAGGGUGGGCAGUGCCAGUGCGGGCCCAACGUCAUUGGGCGGCAGUGCACCCGCUGUGCCCCGGGCCACUACGGAUUCCCACGCUGCAAGCCGUGCAACUGUGGCCGGCGCCUCUGUGAAGAGAUGACGGGGCAGUGCCUCUGCCCUCCCCACACGGUCAGGCCCCAGUGUGAGGCGUGCGAGGCGCACUCCUUCAGCUUCCACCCGCUGGCUGGCUGUGAAGGCUGCAACUGUUCCAGGAGGGGAACCGUCGGGGCUGCCACCCCACAGUGUGACCGGGACAGUGGGCAGUGCAGAUGCAAGCCCAGAAUCACAGGGCGACAGUGUGACCGAUGUGCUUCCGGGUUUUACCGCUUCCCUGAGUGUGUUCCCUGUAAUUGCAACAGAGAUGGGACUGAGCCAGGAGUGUGUGACCUGGGGACUGGGGCUUGCCUCUGCAAGGAAAAUGUGGAAGGUACUGAAUGUAACGUGUGUCGAGAAGGAUCUUUCCAUUUGGACCCAGCCAAUCCCAAGGGUUGUACCAGCUGCUUUUGCUUUGGAGUAAAUAAUCAUUGUUACAGUUCACAUAAGCGAAGAGCCAAGUUCGUGGAUAUGAUAGGCUGGCGCCUGGAGACGGCAGAGGGAGUGGACGUCCCCGUGUCAUUCAACCCAGGCAGCAACAGCGUGGUGGCGGACCUGCAGGAGCUGCCCGCAACAGUCCGCAGCGCGUCCUGGGUUGCACCUCCUUCCUACCUGGGGGACAAGGUUUCCUCGUAUGGCGGCUACCUCACUUUCCAAGCCAAGUCCUUUGGCUUACCUAGUGACAUGGUUCUCCUGGGAAAGCAGCCGGAUGUGCAGCUCACUGGUCAGCACAUGUCUGUCAUCUAUGAGGAGCCAAAUAACCCCCGGCCAGACCGGCUGCAUCAUGGCCGAGUGCAGGUGGUGGAGAAAAACUUCAGACACGCCAGCAGCCGAGCCCCAGUGUCUAGGGAAGAGCUGAUGACCGUGCUGUCUAGACUGGCAGGUGUGCGCAUCAGAGGCCUCCACUUCACCGAGACGCAGCGGCUCACCCUGGGUGAGGUGGGGCUGGAGGAGGCCUCCAACACAGGAAGUGGACGCAUAGCACAUGAUGUGGAGAUGUGUGUCUGCCCCCCUCACUACACUGGAGACUCAUGUCAGGGUUGUAACCCCGGAUACUAUCGAGAUCACAAAGGCUUGUAUGCCGGACAGUGCGUUCCCUGCAAGUGCAAUGGACAUUCCAAUCGCUGCCAGGAUGGCUCGGGAAUAUGUAUUAACUGUCAGCACAACACUGCUGGGGACCACUGUGAGCGCUGCAAGGAGGGUCACUAUGGGAAUGCCGUCCACGGAUCCUGCAGGGCCUGCCCGUGUCCUCAUACCAACAGUUUUGCCACCGGCUGUGUUGUGAACGGGGGAAACGUGAGGUGCUCCUGCAAACCUGGCUACACAGGGACACAGUGCGAAAGGUGUGCACCAGGAUAUUUCGGAAAUCCCCAGAAAUUUGGAGGUAGCUGCCAACCAUGCAAUUGUAAUGGUAACGGCCAGUCAGGCACUUGCGACCCCCUGACUGGAGACUGCAUAAACCAAGAACCCAAAGAUGGCAGCCCCCCAGAAGAGUGUGACGAUUGCGACAGCUGUGUGAUGACCCUCCUGAAUGACCUUAACGCCAUGGGCGAGGACCUCCGCCUGGUCAAGUCUCGGCUGCAGGGCCUGAGUGCCAGCACAGACACUCUGGAGCAGAUGAGGCACAUGGAGACCCAGGCCAAGGACCUGAGGAAUCAGUUGUUCAACUACCGUUCUGCCAUUUCAAAUCACAGAUCAAAAAUCGACGGCUUGGAAAAAGAACUGAGUAAUCUGAAUCGCGAGUUUGAGAUUUUGCAAGAAAAGGCACAAAUGAAUUCCAGAAAAGCACAAACACUGUAUAAUAAUGUUGAUCAGACAACCCAAAGUGCAAAAGAGCUGGACACGAAGAUUAAAAAUGUCAUCCGGAAUGUGCACAUUCUCUUGAAGCAGAUCUCUGGGACAGACGGAGAAGGAAACAACCUGCCUUCAGGUGACUUUUCCAGAGAGUUGGCCGAAGCAGAGCGCAUGAUGAGGGAACUGCGGAACCGGAACUUGGCCAAGCACCUGAGAGAGGCAGAAGCAGAAAGAAGAGAGGCUCAGCUCUUGCUGAACCGGAUCCGGAGCUGGCUGGAAACCCAGCAGGUGGAAAACAACGGACUUGUGAAGAGUUUGAGGGAUUCUUUAAAUAACUAUGAAGCCAAACUCAGUGACCUUCAUGCCAUGCUACAGGAGGCAGCUGCCCAAGCAAAGCAGGCCUCUGGCCUCAACCAAGAAAAUGAGAGAGCUCUGGGAGCCAUCCAGAGACAAAUGAAGGAAGUAAAUUCUCUGCAGAGUGAUUUCACCAAGUAUCUAACCACUGCAGACGCAUCUUUGCUGCAAAUCAACGUGGUGCUGCAGCUGAUGGAGAAAAGCCAGAAGGAAUAUGAAAAAUUAGCUGCCAGUUUAAAUGAAGCAAGACAAGAACUAAGUGACAAAGUGAGAGAACUUUCCAAAUCUGCUGGCAAAGCAUCCCUGGUGAUGGAGGCGGAAAAGCACGCACAGUCCUUACGAGAGCUGGCAAAGCAGCUGGAAGAGAUCAAGAGAAACACCAGUGGGGAUGAGCUGGUGCGCUGCGCCGUGGAUGCUGCCACCGCCUAUGAGAACAUCCUCAACGCCAUCAAAGCGGCCGAGGACGCGGCCAACAAGGCCUCCAGCGCGUCACAGUCCGCCCUCCAGACAGUGAUAAAGGAAGCUCUUCCAAGAAAAGCUAAAACCCUGAGUUCGGACAGUGAUAAACUGUUAAAUGAAGCCAAGAUAACACAGAAGAAGCUACAGCAAGAAACCAUUCCAGCUCUCAACAACCUACAGCAAACCCUGAAUAUUGUGACAGUUCAGAAAGAACUGAUAGACACCAAUCUCACAACUGUCCGAGAUGAUCUUCGUGGGAUACAGAGAGGUGACAUCGAUGGUAUGCUCAGUAGUGCGAAGAGCAUGGUCAGAAAGGCAACCGAUAUCACAAAUGAGGUUCUGGAUGGGCUCAACCCCAUUCAGACAGAUGUGGAAAGAAUUAAGGAUACCUAUGGGACCACUCAGAGUGAAGACUUCAACAAGGCUCUGACUGACGCAGAUAACUCAGUGAAGAAAUUAACCAACAAACUGCCUGAUCUUUUGAGCAAGAUUGAAACUAUCAACCAACAGCUGUUGCCCCUGGGAAACAUCUCUGACAAUGUGGAUAGAAUACGAGAACUAAUUCAGCAGGCCAGAGAUGCUGCCAAUAAGGUCGCUGUCCCCAUGAGGUUCAAUGGUAAAUCUGGCGUCGAAGUCCGAAUGCCAAAUGACCUGGAAGAUUUGAAAGGAUACACAUCUCUGUCUCUGUUUCUCCAAAGACCUGACUCCAGAGAAAACGGGGGGACUGAGAAUAUGUUUGUCAUGUACCUGGGAAAUAAAGAUGCCUCCAAGGACUACAUUGGCAUGGCCGUCGUAGACGGCGAGCUCAGGUGUGUCUACAACCUGGGGGAGCGCGAGGCUGAACUCCAAGUGAACCAGAUCUUGACCGAGAGCGAAACUCAGGAGGCGGUUAUGGACCGGGUGAAAUUCCAGCGAAUUUAUCAGUUCGCAAGGCUUAAUUACACCAAAGGAGCCACAUCCAGCAAACCGGAAAUACCCCAGUUCCAUGACAUGGAUAGCGGAAACAGCAAUAUGCUUCUUAAUUUGGAUCCUGAAAAUGUUGUAUUUUAUGUUGGAGGUUACCCACCUGAUUUUAAACUUCCCAGUAGACUAAGAUUCCCUCCAUACAAAGGUUGUAUUGAAUUAGAUGACCUCAAUGAAAAUGUUCUGAGCUUGUAUAACUUCAAAAAAACUUUCAAUCUCAACACAACUGAAGUAGAGCCUUGUAGAAGGAGAAAGGAAGAGUCAGACAAAAAUUAUUUUGAAGGUACAGGCUAUGCUCGAGUUCCAACUCUACCAAAUGCUCCCUUCCCAACCUUUGGACAGACAAUUCAGACUACCGUGGAUAAAGGUUUGCUGUUCUUUGCAGAAAACCAGGAUCGCUUCAUAUCUCUAAGUAUAGAAGAUGGCAGGCUCAUGGUGAGAUACAAACUGAAUUCAGAGCCACCAAAAGAAAAAGGAAUUAAAGACAUCAUAAACAACGGGAAGGACCAUUCGAUUCAGAUCAAAAUUGGAAAAGCCCAAAAACUUAUGUGGAUAAGUGUGAAUGUUCAAAACAUUAAGAUUGAAGGUGAAAUAUUUGAUUUCAGCACAUAUUAUCUGGGAGGAAUUCCAAUUGCGAUCAGGGAAAGGUUUAACAUUUCUACCCCUGCUUUCCGAGGCUGCAUGAAAAAUCUGAAGAAAACCAGUGGUGUUGUGAGGUUGAAUGAUACUGUGGGAGUAACCAAAAAGUGUUCGGAGGACUGGAAGCUUGUGCGAUCGGCCUCGUUCUCCAGAGGAGGACAGUUGAGUUUCACUAAUUUGGACUUCCCAUCGCCUGACCACUUCCAGGCCUCGUUUGGGUUCCAGACGUUUCAGCCCAGUGGCAUGUUAUUAAAUCAUCAGACACGGACAAGUAGCCUGCAGGUCACUCUGGAAGAUGGUCACAUUGAAUUGAGCACCAGGGACAGCAGCGACCCCAUUUUUAAGUCUCCACAGACGUACAUGGAUGGUUUACUACAUUACGUGUCUAUAAUAAGCGACAACUCUGGACUCUGGCUUCUUAUCGAUGACCAGCCUAUGAGAAAUAACCAAAGGCUAAAAGGCGUUUCAAAUUCCCAGCAAUCUCUGCGUCUGGGUGGGAGCUAUUUCGAGGGUUGUAUCAGCAAUGUUUUUGUCCGGAGGUUAACACAGAGUCCUGAAGUCCUAGAUUUGGCCAGUAAAUCUACCAAGAGAGAUGUGUCCCUGGGAGGCUGCAGUUUAAACGAGCCACCUUUUCUGAUGUUGCUUAAAGGUUCUACAAGAUUUAACAAGGCCAAGACUUUCAACACGGACCAGCUAUUGCGGGACACACCAGUGGCCUCUCCGAGGAGCAUGAAAGUGUGGCAAGAUGCACAGUCUUGCCCACCACCCCCCAGGGCCCAGGCGAGUCAUGGAGCCUUCCAGUUUGGGGACCUUCCUACCAGCCACUUGCUAUUCAAGCUUCCUCAGGAGUUCCUGAAACCCAGGUCGCAGUUUGCCCUGGACGUGCAGACAACAUCCUCCAGGGGCCUGGUGUUUUACACGGGCACGAAGAACUCUUUCAUGGCUCUUUAUCUCUCAAAAGGACGUCUGGUCUUUGCACUGGGGGCAGAUGGGAAAAAACUGAGUCUCAAAAGCAAGGAGAAAUGCAACGAUGGGAAGUGGCACACGGUGAUGUUUGGGCAAGAAGGAGAAAAGGGUCACUUGGUUGUGGACGGACUGAGGGCCCGGGAGGGAAGUUUGCCCAGAAGUUCCACCGUCAGCAUCCGAGGACCAGUUUACCUGGGAUCAUCUCCUGCAGGAAAACCAAAGAGCCUCCCCCCAAACAGCUUUGUGGGAUGUCUGAAGAACUUCCAGCUGGAUUUAACACCCUUGGAUACCCCUUCUGCAAGCUUUGGCGUGUCUCCCUGCUUGGAUGGCUCUUUGGAGAAAGGCACUUAUUUCUCCCAAGAAGGAGGUCAUAUCAUGCUGGCUAAUUCUGUGUUGUUGGGGCCAGAAUUCAAACUUGUUUUCAGUAUUCGCCCAAGAAGUCUCACUGGAAUCCUAAUACACAUCGGAAGUCAACCCUGGAAGCACUUAUGUGUUUAUAUGGAGGCAGGAAAGGUCACGGCCUCUGUGGACAGUGGGGCAGGUGGGGCCUUGACAUCAGUCACACCAAAGCGGUCUCUGUGUGAUGGACAGUGGCACUCAGUGGCAGUCACCAUAAAACAACACAUCCUGCACCUGGAACUGGACGCAGACAGUAGCUCCGUUGCCGGACAGCUUACCUUCCUGUCUGCUGACACUCGAGAGUCACUACACCUUGGAGGUGUCCCAGCCAAUUUGAAGACGCUGAAGCUCCCUGUGUGGAAAUCAUUUUUUGGCUGUCUAAAGAAUAUUCAAGUGAACCACAUCCCUGUUCCUAUUACUGACGCCGUGGAAGUCCAGGGGCCUGUCAGUCUGAAUGGCUGUCCCGACCACUAACUCGAGCCCAUUUCACAGCAAGGAAAUUCACCUUCCAAAGCACUG